UUGUCUGUAUUAUUAUUUUUUAAGCUUUUGGUUCAACUGGGCAAAAGCAUCUCUCUCUCUCUCUCUCUCUCUCUCCCUCUCUCUCUCUCUCUACUUUGUAGUGUAGAAGGCCAUCCAUGGCUGCAGCUCGCAUAGUCUCCUCUUUGCUCGGUCGUUCUCUCUCUCUUUCUGCCCCUUCUGCUGGUUUCUUUCUCUCUACAGGAAGAAAUUCUAGCUUGGCGAGAAGCGCCCUCGGAUUUAGCACUGCUGCAGUGGCAGAGGAACCGAUCACUCCACCUGUUCAAAUCGAACACACCCAACUUCUAAUCAAUGGCCAAUUUGUGGAUUCAGCGUCCGGAAAAACAUUUCCAACCUAUGACCCUCGGACAGGAGAGGUUAUUGCUCAGGUUGCCGAGGGUCAUGCAGAAGAUAUAAACCGUGCCGUAUCUGCUGCUCGUAAGGCAUUUGAUGAGGGACCAUGGCCAAAAAUGACCGCUUAUGAACGGUCACGGAUACUGCUACGUUGUGCUGAUUUGGUUGAGAAACACAGCGAUGAGAUUGCUGCUCUUGAGACAUGGAAUAAUGGGAAGCCCUAUGAACAAGCUGCCACGGCUGAAUUACCGAUGUUAGUUCGUUUGUUUCACUAUUACGCCGGUUGGGCUGAUAAAAUCCAUGGUCUAACAUGCCCGGCUGAUGGACCAUACCAUGUGCAGACAUUGCACGAACCGAUCGGCGUUGCAGGGCAGAUUAUUCCCUGGAACUUUCCUCUUCUCAUGUUUGCUUGGAAAGUUGGUCCUGCACUCGCAUGUGGUAAUACUAUUGUCUUGAAGACUGCAGAGCAAACCCCAUUGACUGCUCUUUAUGUGGCAAAGCUAUUUCAUGAGGCUGGCCUUCCUCCAGGUGUUCUAAAUAUAGUUUCUGGCUUUGGUCCAACUGCUGGUGCAGCUCUUGCUAGUCAUAUGGAUGUGGACAAGCUUGCUUUCACAGGAUCAACUGAUACAGGUAAGAUUGUACUCGAAUUGGCUGCAAAAAGCAACCUAAAGCCAGUGACAUUAGAGCUUGGAGGGAAAUCUCCCUUCAUUAUAUGCGAGGAUGCUGAUAUUGAUAAUGCAGUGGAGCUUGCACACUUUGCUCUCUUCUUUAAUCAGGGACAAUGUUGUUGUGCGGGUUCUCGUACAUUUGUGCAUGAGCGCAUAUAUGACGAGUUCUUGGAGAAAGCAAAGGCACGUGCUAUGAAACGUGUCGUUGGUGAUCCCUUCAAGAAAGGUGUUGAACAAGGUCCUCAGAUCGACUCGGAACAAUUCGAGAAGGUUCUUAGGUACAUAAGAUCUGGUAUUGAAAGCAAUGCUACCCUCGAAUGUGGUGGUGGAAGGCUAGGCUCCAAAGGAUUCUAUAUCCAACCCACCGUUUUCUCCAAUGUUCAGGAUGAUAUGUUGAUAGCACAAGAUGAAAUCUUUGGUCCGGUGCAGUCCAUCUUGAAAUUCAACGACAUCGGUGAUGUGAUUAAGAGGGCAAAUACAACGCGCUACGGUCUAGCUGCUGGAGUUUUCACUAGCAAUGUGGAUACUGCAAACACCAUUUCUCGGGCACUGAAGGCCGGGACUGUUUGGGUUAAUUGCUUUGAUGUCUUUGAUGCUGCAAUUCCUUUUGGUGGCUAUAAGAUGAGUGGUAUUGGCAGAGAAAAGGGAAUCUACAGCCUUAAUAAUUAUUUGCAGGUGAAGGCUGUUGUUACUCCUUUGAAGAAUCCAGCGUGGUUGUAAUCGCCUAUUGCCACCUUGUUCUCAUCUUACCCUUCUUUUUAUGAAUAAAUAUGCAAUAUAUAUUCGGGUUUGCGCUUGAAAAGGGAAAGUGAGAACAUUACAGGUAUUCAUGCUUUGUUUGUGCUUGAAUGAUCUACUCAAUUGUGUAAUGCAUUGCUGUGAAACUUUGGUAUUGGUGAUAGAAUUUGUUGGGUUCAUGAAGAAAUUCCGAAUUUGGUCCCAUGUGAUGGAGUUUUGCAGGAUGGGAUCAAUUUCUCUCUUUGAA